UUUUGCUCUAUGUUGCUCACAUGAGAGAGAGAGAAUAGAGAAGAGGGAAGAGAGAGAGAGAGAGAGACUCAGAUUGCUUGCCCAAAACUUGGCGUCUCGAACGGUUUCGAAACAGAGAUCCAAAAAGACGACGACACAACUUCGAUACCCUUCUUGAUUGCUGUUCAUCUCUCCCAGAUUCAAACAAACCCAUCUCCAAAUGCCCAUUUCUCAAUAGUUUCUGAACUGGGUUUUUGGGUUCUCGGAGUGUUGUUGUGCGUAGUAGCAACUAUGGCGGCUUCUUCCGUGGUGUGUACAUGGCUCGUCGCCGCUUGCAUGUCCGUUGCUUGUGAAAAAGACCAACAACAACAACCCAUGAUGAUGAUGAUGAAUCAAUCUUCGUCGAAGCGAUUUAGCAGAUGGGCUCGGAAGAGGAGGGUUUUAUCUAAAUGCAGAGCUGGUUGUUCUGAAAUCCCCAAGGGUCGCCUAAUCUCAUCGGGCAUUCAGGGUUUGAUGUCCUCUUACUUGCCUUUCGAGCCCUGCGAUGAGUAUUACAGUUCCAAAGGUCUUUGCUCUUCUGAUUUCUUUGGCGACAAUGGUUUCUCUUCUCUCUUUGGAUCCACCAAUGUUCCUCUCUCUCGCAGACAGAGACGCUUCAAUCGAGCUGUCCAGUCCGGGGAAGCAAUGGCUGUAGCUGUGCGACCUGCAAAGGAAGUCACGGCAAGAAAGAAACCUCCCACUAAGCAAAGGCGAGUAGUUGUGACAGGGAUGGGUGUGGAGACUCCAGUUGGUCAUGAUCCAGAUGUCUUUUAUCAUAAUCUGCUUGAAGGUGUCAGUGGCAUAAGUGAAAUAGAGGCUUUUGACUGUGCUCAAUAUCCAACGAGAAUUGCUGGAGAGAUCAAGUCUUACUCAACAGAUGGAUGGGUUGCUCCUAAACUUUCCAAAAGGAUGGACAAAUUCAUGCUUUACAUGCUAACAGCUGGCAAGAAAGCAUUGGAAGAUGGUGGAAUUACAGAAGAUGUAAUGAACGAACUAGAUAAAACUAAAUGUGGGGUUUUGAUUGGCUCGGCUAUGGGUGGCAUGAAGGUUUUCAAUGAUGCUAUAGAAGCUUUAAGGGUCUCAUACAGGAAGAUGAAUCCUUUUUGUGUACCUUUUGCAACUACAAAUAUGGGAUCUGCCAUGCUUGCAAUGGAUCUGGGUUGGAUGGGCCCCAACUACUCGAUCUCUACUGCUUGUGCCACAAGCAACUUCUGUAUAUUAAAUGCAGCAAACCAUAUCGUCAGAGGUGAAGCUGACAUGAUGCUCUGUGGUGGUUCAGAUGCUGCUAUCAUACCAAUUGGAUUGGGAGGUUUUGUGGCAUGCAGAGCACUUUCUCAGAGAAACAGUGAUCCUUCAAAAGCUUCACGCCCAUGGGAUAUUAACCGUGAUGGAUUUGUCAUGGGAGAAGGAGCUGGAGUUUUGCUUUUGGAAGAACUAGAGCAUGCUAAGGAAAGAGGUGCAAAUAUCUAUGCAGAAUUUCUGGGUGGAAGCUUUACUUGUGAUGCUUACCACAUGACAGAGCCCCAUCCUGAAGGGACCGGUGUUAUUCUAUGUAUAGAGAAGGCCUUAGCUCAGUCUGGGGUGUCCAAGGAAGAUGUGAACUACAUAAAUGCCCAUGCUACAUCCACACCAGCUGGAGACCUAAAGGAGUACCAAGCCCUCAUACGUUGUUUUGGCCAGAACUCUGAGUUACGAGUUAACUCUACGAAAUCUAUGAUUGGUCACCUACUAGGCGCAGCUGGAGCCGUGGAAGCUGUUGCAACUGUGCAGGCAAUACGGACAGGGUGGGUUCAUCCAAAUAUCAAUCUCGAGAAUCCAGAUAAAGGCGUGGACACGAAUGUGCUGGUCGGUCCGAAGAAAGAAAGAUUGGACAUUAAGGUGGCAUUGUCUAAUUCAUUCGGAUUUGGCGGCCACAACUCAUCAAUCUUGUUUGCCCCUUACAAGUAGACAUGGCGGGCUUCUCCAACCGGGCUCUAAACAAUGCUGAAGGUGAGUAAGCACGUAACUGUGUUUUACGAAUUACCAUGGGAGUUGGAAUACUAGAAAACUGAGCAUCGGCAUUGUCACUGUAACUAAAGCUCAUCCCUCUGAUCCUUUGUUUUUUUCCCCGCUUUGUGAUGUUAUAAGAACUACUCAAUGGUGAUAUUCAAUUUGAAUCCAUCAAAAGAGAAAAAUCAGUAGAGGAAAACUGAUACAUGUAUUCAACAGUUUAGCAUGUAUGACAGUAGUGAAGAAAUUUCUGUUAGCCUUGGAUUUUAGCUACUUCAAAGAAAAAAAUCAGACAAUGCACGCUGUUUUUGAGACUUGUAUUACCUUUAUCACUUUCUUCACCGGGCAAUGAUGUGCUAAGCUAUGACUCGCAAUUUCUAGGUGUAUUUUGGUUCACUUUGUCA